AACCCAUGUAAUGCUAUGAAUAACAAGGAGGAAAAAGUGAAAAGGUGAACAGGAUGAAAUCUAUCUGAUCCGAUAUGUUUACUUUUACUCCUCCUGUUAUUGUCUAAUCAUAACCUUUCAGUAAAACAUCUGUAUGAAACAGGAUUUACAUUAAAAGUAGACAUCCUGUCUAACAGCUGCAGUUGAAAUAGAAUUGCAACAAUUGAAUUAUUAUUGUUACUAUUGUAAAACAUAUGAAACCUUAUUUAUUAUUAGGGUUAAUAUUGCUAAAGUGGGACACUUUAAAAAUAUAUAUAUAUUGCUUUUUCUGUCAUUUUUUCACCAUCAUAUCAAUACUCAUAUCCUGUAAAAGGACAGCUUUAUGAAAGAUCUCCCUUACACUAUUUAAAAGCUCAAAUCAAGAAAUACCAAACACAGGUAGAUUAGUGCUUCUUAGAGCACCUGCUUAUCGCACCCUGUACAUUUUCAUGUUAUACCUGUUAAAGCAGGUGGCACAGUGGUGCAGUGAGUUGCAUUACCGCCUCACAGCUCCAGGUUCAAUCCUGAGCUCAGGUUACUGUCUGUGUGGAGUUUCGCAUGUGCUCUCAUGGGUUUCCUCAGGGUUCUCUGGUUUCCUCCCUCUGUCCAAAAACACAGAUAAUAAGUGUGUGGAUGAGUUCUCAUUGUGAUCCGGGGUGAAUUCUGUCGCCUUGUAUUCACUGUUGCAGGGAAUGGCUCUGGACUGACUGCAGCCCUGCCCAUGAUGAAGUGUUUAUGAGGAUGAAUGAAUGAAUGAGCUGUUAAAGUGACAAUUCAUCCCUUUACACUAAAAAUCAGGACAACUGCUAAUAUUUAAUGAACAUAUUUUACUGUUAUUUAUUUGGCUUGCAACAUAUAUGAAUGUUUUAUUAUACAGAACAGGUGUGAACUUUAAUAGUUCUGAAAACUGGAAAAAAAAAAAAAAGAAAAAAAAAACUUCCCAGGGAUAAACUUCAGAAUUUCGAUCACUGAAGUAUAUACAGAGCAACAACACAGUGCCUUUUUAACAUUAAUAGGUUUCAUUAUUAACAAUAAGGGUGGAUAAACGGAAUAAACUAAUUAAUAAUUAAUCAGGUAUCUAUCUGAAAUACACUGUUACCAUAGCACGCUCGAGCGCGUCUCCGACGGUUAAACCGGAAGUCGGUCCGUCCGCUAUUGUUGUCCGGCUGCACGAUCACAUGAGAGAACUGACCUUAUGAUCUCUGGGAAGGGGCAGAAACUCCUCUCUUUCUGACAUUGAAAAAUUUUGUUUUAUGUUUGUAAGGUUGAACUGCUGCUGAUCCAAAGUUUCUUCCAAUCACAAUGCCUGGUUCUCUCCCUGUGAGCUAUUUGGCCACUUGGCCCAAAGAUGUGGGCAUCAUUGCUAUGGAGGUUUACAUUCCCUCUCAGUAUGUAGACCAGGCAGAACUGGAGGAGUUUGACGGCGUAGGAGCAGGGAAGUACACCGUCGGUCUUGGGCAAGCGCGAAUGGGAUUCUGCUCAGACCGGGAGGACAUUAACUCGCUGUGUCUGACCGUGGUGCAGCGGCUUAUGGAGAGAAACUGCUUGUCAUAUGACAGCGUGGGAAGACUUGAGGUGGGCACAGAGACCAUCAUCGACAAGUCAAAGUCGGUGAAGACGGUAUUAAUGCAGCUGUUUGAGGAAUCGGGAAAUACAGACGUGGAGGGAAUCGACACGACUAAUGCAUGCUACGGAGGCACCGCUGCUCUUUUCAAUGCUGUCAACUGGGUGGAGUCCAGCUCCUGGGAUGGUCGCUAUGCUCUGGUUGUGGCUGGAGAUAUCGCGGUGUACGCCACAGGCAGUGCCAGGCCUACAGGAGGCGCUGGAGCAGUGGCCAUGUUGGUAGGGCCCAACGCACCUCUGGCAUUUGAUAGAGGUCUACGAGGGACCCAUAUGCAACAUGCGUAUGAUUUUUAUAAGCCUGAUAUGGUGUCAGAGUAUCCUGUAGUGGAUGGCAAGCUCUCCAUCCAGUGCUACCUCAGUGCAUUGGACAGAUGUUACUCUGUCUACCGCAAUAAAAUUCAAGCCCAAUGGCAAAGAGAGGGCAUUGAGAGACGUUUCAGUCUGAAUGACUUUGGCUACAUGGUCUUCCACUCUCCCUAUUGUAAACUGGUUCAGAAGUCUCUGGCUCGACUCCUGCUGAACGACUUCCUGUCUCAUCCCAGCCCCAACAUGGAGAGUGGGCCAUUCAGUGGCUUGGAGGCCUUCAGGGACGUGAAGGCUGAGGACACGUAUUUUGACCGUGAUGUGGAGAAGGCCUUCAUGAAAGCCAGUGCAGAGAUGUUUGAGCAGAAAACCAAGGCCUCCCUGCUCAUAUCCAACCAGAAUGGCAACAUGUACACACCAUCUGUGUAUGGCUGUCUGGCUUCCAUUCUAGCACAAUACACACCUCAGCAGCUGGCAGGUCAGAGAAUUGGCUUGUUUUCAUAUGGAUCAGGCUUCGCUGCCACACUCUACUCGAUCAGAGUCACACAAGAUGCUACACCUGGGUCCAUGCUUGAUAAACUGGUUUCCAGUCUAUCAGAUAUGCAGGCCCGACUGGACUCCAGGAAGAAGGUUUCACCCGCUGUCUUUGCAGACAACAUGAAGCUUAGAGAGGAGACCCAUCACUUAGCAAACUACGUCCCCCAGGGUUCAGUGGACGAGCUGUUCCCGGGAACAUGGUAUCUAACGCGUGUGGAUGAGAAACAUCGCAGGUAUUACGCUAGACGUUCCUUGGAUGAACACGGACCCCUGGAAGCAGGACUUCUAAGUUCCGUGACCACAUCCGAGCACAUCCCCAGCCCGGUGAAGAAGAUGCCCCGCAUCCCGGCCACCGCUGCUGCCCCCGAGGCAGUCACCAUUGCUAAUGGGGACCAUUGACGUUAACCUCAGUGAGGUUACUCAUACUUUAGGUGACAGUAAGGACACAUGACCUGGACGAAAAAGAAAAGAGGUCAAGGCAGAGCUUUCUGUCUUGGUCUUGAGACAUUUAUGAACAAGGAUAAUUUUUUUAAGUGUUCCUGGUUAGGACUGGUUAUUCUGUCACAGUUUAAGCUGUUCUUAUUUAGAAGUCGGUGGGGUAAAAGAAUGGGGGAAAGUGGGUAGUACCAUAAAUGUCAAAUAUGGACAUGCUUUUUGAAAGUAAUGAGCACAAUGUGGCAAACUGUGCAUGUCUGCUGCUCAGAGCCUAUGAUCUAUGCAGAGACAAAGAGGAAUGUUUUCAAAUAAUCCUCAGUCUGAUUUCACAUUUCAGAUUUGUUUUUAAGAUCUUUUGUUUGCAUUAAAUUAGUGGAAAUGUUUGAGGGGGAGAUAAUAAGAAUCUCAGGCCCAGCUGUGUGAGGGUGGGAGUAAAGGGAUAUUGACCUUAUUAUUUUUUCUCAUGCUGUUUUUCAGUAAGCAAUGCUGCUGCUUUUUUACCCCCACUUCUGACAUUUUCUUUAAAUUUGGACGCACAUGUAGAUAUCAUGUUUUGUUUUUGUUGUUUUUUUGUGCUUUUUAAUAAUAAUUUUACCAUGACCACUGUCAUAUCAGCACAGCUUAGUCAAAUGAAAAUUGUCCCUAAUUCUCUCUGCAGUUAUAGUCUUUACCACCUGCUAUUUCGAGAUCUCCCUUAUUAAAUGAAGUGUGAAUGAAUGUGUAUGUAAAAGCACACUAACCCAAUAAGAGCAUGGGCCGUUGUGGCUGUUGGUGCAUGUGGAACUGUUGGUCCGGCGUUGUAUCCAGUGACACAUCCUUCAUAUCUUACUGCACCAUUUGAGACCUGCCUUCAAUGAGUUGUAGUUGUAAUGUUAAAGAUUUUGAGUGGUGCAUUCUCAGUUAUAGUCAUAAUCAAUUUUGCAGCAAGAUGGUGGUAUGUGAUCAACAACUAAAAAAUGGAAUCGCCACCUGUUCUGUUAUUAAGAUUAUGAGAUAAAUUUAGGCUUUAAGUGGCAGUCUUUUGCUGCCAUAAGGUUGGCUGUAUCUGUAAAAAUGCAGCACUUGCAUCACAUGAACUGAGGAUAAAUGCGGUUCAAAAUGAGGUUAGAGUAAAAUAUUGUAUUCUUAUUGCUCACCAGAGUAUAACUGAAAGUAAUAUUAGUUGUUUAAUAGACGUAACAGCACUAUUUUUUUUUUUUUUUUACACAAUUGGGACCACUAAAGCAGGGAAGGUUAAGGGAAAGACAGAUGCACUCACCAUCUAUAAAUCAGGCUCAGUGAAGCUGUUGGCACAGUGAUGAUCAAAACUCUUGAGAAACUAACAUACUUUAUUUUGUUUUUAAUGUGUUCUGGUUGUGUGUAUUCUUUCUUCUGUCUAUUCUUGAGCCCUCGCCUGUGGUUGUGCCAAACCUAUAUGGCUUACAAAAAUAUCAUUUGCCACAUAGUGUGUCUGGGAUCAUUCUGAAACUGCAGGCAGGUUUUUAUUUGAUGAAACUGGAUAUUAAAGGAGAACUUCUUUUCAGCAUACACUAGAGCCUGACAGAUGAUAUCAUAAUGCAACUUCAAUACAAGUAAAUAACAUUAACCUUUUGAACAAGAAUUCCAGCUGUCAAUGACCUGGAGUCCAAGAGAGUUAAACUGCAAUGUUUAAACACAAAAUCUAGGGUUAUUAGUGCAUGCUAGUGCCCUACUCUAUCAUUCAUGAAUGCAGUUUCUCUGUAGAGCAUUUAAAGAGAGAUUAUCAGCAUGGUUUUUACAGAUAACUCUGUGGAAGCUUAAUAGUGGCUAUCAAUCAGGCCCUAGCUUGCACAACAGUGAUGUAAUUUUCCUCUUUUCCAGUUGGCAAUGUGUAUAAAGAGCUUAAUUUGCUCAGUAAUAAGAAAUAUAAAAUGUAAAAUGCCAGUCCCUCAGACUGAUUACAAUCACUUGUAGACAUUUGCAUUUCAUUGAUAAGACUUUUCUGUAUGGGACUUGUAUGGUGUCAUUCAAUGUGUUUUUAGAAAACACACAAAAAAAUCGGAAUAAUGUAAUAUACCGUUAUAAACAGUCUCUUUAGAAAAGGCUACUAAACUGUACCUUUCCUGUUGUGGUGGUAUUCUUAUCUUUUUUUACCUUUAAUAUGUAUCUUUUACCUGCAAAUUGUACCUUUAAAAGAUUAUUUAUCUUUAUUGUACCUUUGAAAAAGAUUUAAGGUACAUAAUUUGAGCAUGUAGUAGUAAAGCUUAAAAGUACACUAUAUACAUCUUUCUAGGUAAAGGAUAUAUACUAAAGGCACAAAAGGUGUCCCCUUGAAGGUACCACACUAACACCAAGGAAUGGUGCCAUGUAGUACCCUUUUUCUGAGAGUGUAUGUGUGUGUGUGUGUAUAUAUAUAUAUAUAUAUAUAUAUAUACUACAGCCAGAACAAAUUGCCUCAAAGGUUUUAACUUGAAAUGGCUAAUGUUUACAAGAAAUUUCUCUGUGAUCAGUUACUUAUACCAAUUUCUGGUGAGUAAUGUACAGCACUAGCCGUAAAAUUAUUUAUAUUUGUAAAUGGAAAAAAAUAUAUAGUACCUGAUCCGGCAUAACUUUUUUGCAGAAAAUAAGCUGUAUAUAUAUAAAAAAGAUGUAGUCUAUGUAUGUAUUAAAUUAAAUGAAAAUAAAUAUCUCUUGAUUUA